UCAACCAUCCCGUCUUGUCCCAAUGACUCACCAGGUGUCAGCAACCAGGAAUACCUUCCUAAGGGGAACGGGGUUCAGCUCUGCCUCUGCUUUCGGUGGACUUAGUGGACAUAGGACCUAUGCCACCUCCCUGUACCAUCCCAUAGUCAGCAGAGGUGGGGUCCAUGGUUUCAGCAGCCAAAGCCUUUCCAGCUUGGGUGGAAGAGGAAGAAUUGCGCCUGGUGGUUACGAACUUGGAUAUUAUGGUGGCUACAACAAUGGUUGUGUACGUCAUGGUAGUCCUGCCUUUGUUGGCCCAGUGGGUCAUUACGGUCCAGUUGGAAGCGGUGGGGUUUUCGGCGGAUACGCGAACGGCAGGGGGGAUGGCAUCCAUGAAGUUAGAAUCAACGAGAAGCUUCUGAAGCCAUUGCACGUGGGAGUUGACCCUCAAGAACAUAUUCUACGAGAUCAUGAAAGGGAAGAGAUGAAGAACCUCAACAACCAGUUUGCCACCUUCAUUGAUAAGGUCCGAAACCUAGAGAUGCAGAACAAAGUCCUUGAGACCAAAUGGAACCUUUUGCAAGAACAGGUCAUUCCAGCCAAGAAAAACCUUGAACCAUGUUACGAAAACUUCAUCAGCAACAUGAGAAAGGAACUGCAAUGUAUAUUAAAUACCCAGGAGCAUCUAAGAAAUGAAAAUGUUGCCAUUGACCAGCUGGUGGAGGACUUCAAGUGCAAAUAUGAACAGGAAUUCAAAAGACGCACAGAUGCAGAAAAUGAAUUUGUGCUGCUCAAGAAGGAUGUAGACUCCAUUUCUCUGAGCAAGUCGGAACUGGAAGGGAAAGUACAUUUGCUCAGCGGAGAAUUGGAAUUUCGCAGUGGUAUCUACGCAGAGGAAUUAGCACAACUCAGUAACAAAGUUUACGACACCAAUAUCCUCUUGCAAAUGGACAACAGCCGAGACUUGGACAUUGACUACAUCAUCAAAAACGUGGAAGCAUGGUAUCAAAACGUUGCCCAAGGGAGCAAAGAAGAAGUUAAUACUUUUUAUGAAAACCGAUUCCAGGAGCUUCAGCAACAAAGAGGCAAAUAUUCUCAAACUCUGAAGAUCAACCAGCAAGAGAUUGCAGAUCUGACACGUCUGGUUCAUAAAUUGCAGUCUGAAUAUGAUAUUAUUAAAAAGCAGGUUAAUACUUUCCAAACAUCCAUUUGUGAGGUUGAGCAGCAUGGAGACUGUACCCUGAAAGAUGCCCGGGAUAAGCAUAUCGAUCUGCAAACUGCUGUUCAGAAGGCCAAGGAUGACUUAGCAAGGCUGCUAAGAGAUUACCAAGAGCUUCUGAACACCAAGAUCGCUCUUGACAUUGAAAUUGCUACCUAUAAGACAUUGCUGGAGGGAGAGGAGAGCAGGAUACACUUAGGAAAUCCUGUCUGUAUAGAUGUGAUCAAACCUGGGACAGAGAAUGCAGCUGGAUUCCCAUUUUCAAGUGGAUAUGUGGGUGGAGGAUAUGAUAUGGGAUUUGGUAAAGGGUAUGGAAUGGGAAGUCAGGGGAGAAGCAAUAGGAACUACAGCUCCAGAAGUACUGGAUUUGAUCAAAGUAAUGGAAGGAGCAAUAUAGCUACUGGGAAUGUAUCAGCAGAUGCAGAGUUCUACCAAGGAAGAGGGCAUAGCUAUAGGAAUGAGUCCUGCUCUGGUAAUUCUUCUGCAGGCAGGCGCCGAGCCUCAACAGAAGAGGCUGGCAGAGGUGCCGGCCAUGGCCCAGGUGCAGGAUUCAGCACACGGACUGCCUAUGGAUCAGUCUGUGGUGGAGGAAGGGGAUAUAGGUCUACGACUGUGGUAGGGAAUUACCCAGAUGGAAACUACCCCCGCGGAGGUUAUGAAUCCUCAGGGAUUGCUCCAUUUGGGGAUGCAAGGUGGUGCUCUACAGCAGGAGUCCCAAUGGGGGUUGCAGCUGAAGGGAACCCAGCCUCUGUAGGAGUAGGUGCAGCAGGUGGUGUGUGUUACUCUAGCUCAGCAGGAGGUCCUGCAGCAGUGUGUUACUCUGGAUCACUAGGAACUCCUGCAGGGGUGUGUUAUGCGGGACCAGCAGGAACAUCUGCAGGGGUGCACUAUGCUGGGCCAAUAGGAAGUUCUGGAGGACUGUGCUACCCUACAGCUGUAAGACUUUUUUAAAAAGAUUGGGACAGUCUUAUUUUUAACAUUCAGUAAUCAAUCUACUAUAAAGUUGGCCAUAGACCCUGACAGCACACUAGAAAUUCAGAAAAACUUCUCCUAAACCCUUUGGAACAAUGUCCAUGACUAGUAACCCAUUCUGUAUUUGUAUUUUGGUGAAUCCAUUACUUUAAGCAAGAUAUUUGCCCCAGAAUCAUAUACUUUGAUUCUAUCAAGUCAACCAUUUUUCCAUGUAUUUUUGGCACUGGCUUUUUUCUUAAACAUACUCUUGCUAACAUUUUAUACUAAUGUUUUAUUCACAAAUUCGUAUUAACUUGGAAAACAAAUACAUUGUUUUAGGAGAGGGGCUGCACUAUUUUUAAAAACAGCUAUUUAAACUAAUUGACUUUUCACCCAAAAUUUAUUUUAUAGUGAUUACUAUAGUUAAUGCAAGCAUACAUUUGACAUUCCAAAGUAUUUAUUCCCUUCUGGUGCUUAGAUUAGAUUGCUUUCCCUUUUGGACUUCUUGUGGUGAUUGUGUGAGUCUGUUUAAUAAGUGGAGUGUGCUAGUGUAAGAAGAAAGCAAAAUGCUAAAAGGAGAACUUAAUUCCAGAAAUCAGGAUUAACCAUAUUUCUGACAGAUUAGUACUACAAAAUAGUACAAUUUGCAUACCACACAAUUAUUGUCAAAGAAGCGCUGCCAAGGUGAAAAACAGAUACAGAGAUGCAGAGAUCAGUAGAUAUAAUGAUGAAGGACAGAAAGAAAAGGACUAAAACUAAGAAGAAAAUUUCACCUUUAUGACUCUCAAAGAUACUAUACUAAUAUUCUUCUCCCUUCAUAUAUAUAAUAAAGACUUAUACAUGCCUGGCCAUGUAG